AUGGCCACGCAACAUCUUCUGCUCCUCGCCGUUGUUACUCUCGUGAGCUGCGUAGAAUCAAGCGCCCUGCCGGAUCGGACGACGGUAGAAUCACAAGAAGGGUUUCCUGGUCACGUGGCUUUAAGGCCGGACUACGCAUUCUGGAAUAUUGUGAAGAUGUUGAGGAAUUUUAUGGAUUCGAACGCGGAACGGCCAGUCCGUAGGGAUUAUUCAUUUGGCCCUCGUGAUUUGCGAUCGGAGCGUACAAAAUUCUUCUAUUCAAGCUGA